CAUAUGUGAUUUGCUGUUGUAUUUAGAUUUUGUUUACGCAUCUCAGCUCCUGCUGACAUGUUGGUAUUCACAUAGGUCACCCGGUCACCUAGCAACAGGUGAUAGCAGUGAUUCGGCAACCAGCAGCAGCUACUAAUACCUGGUCAGUUCAUCGAUACUUUUGAUCCCAGCGUCGAAGGAUCUGACGGGUAGCCAGUCUCGGGAUAUCCAUGAUGGCGUUGCGGGUCGGUGUUGGGACCGGGGGACGGAGGCUGGGACUGGACGGGGAGGAGACUACAGAUGCGGGGUGGUACAAUGUGGCGCUGCGAGGUCCUCCUGCACUCAGAGGACGCAUGAGAGCUGAGGAUAGCCGGAGCAAACUGAAGCAAAGUUUGGUGUUAAAGUCAGUCUACCUCCCAGAGUGACCAUGAGAGUCCUCCUACUCAUCUGCAUGCCAGUUCUGCUGCUUGCCCAGCCUCAGUACCAGGAACCGUUUCCUUUUUUGGAUGAAUAUGGGCCAGACUAUUUUCAAGUGUCUGAAAAUCCUGAAUCUCUUCCUGGAACCUACCAGCAGCAGGUUCGACUCGAGCCAGUGGUCCGUCCAGAAGAUUCAGAGUCUGAUUUGGAGACGGAGCCCACAGAGCCUGGCCCUCUUGAUUGCAGAGAGGAGCAGUAUCCCUGCACCAGACUCUACUCUGUUCACAAGCCAUGCAAGCAGUGCCUGAACAGCCUCUGCUUCUACAGUUUGCGACGGGUGUAUGUCAUCAACAAGGAGGUUUGCGUGAGGACCGUGUGUGCACAUGAAGAGCUGCUCAGAGCGGACCUGUGCCGUGAUCAGUUCUCUCGCUGCGGCGUUGCGGCGCAGAGCGGCCAGUGUGCAUCACUAGGACCAAGCUGUGGGAAGAGCUGUGGUGGCUGCUGAUUGACUACAGAGAUCACCUGCCCAGAUACUGCCGCUUUUUCUACCACUCACCCACAUCCUCUUUCUUCCUCCCAGUUUCUCCUCACUUUGCCUUUUGACUCUUCCUGUACAACUUAUUACUCCUGUGCGAAAAGCAUUUUGUGUGUGUGUUUAUCUUUGUCUUUUCACAUGUAUGUUUGCCCAGUAGAUCCUGUGUGUAUGGAUGAAUAUCCUCCAAAGAACAUUGAUGAUUGUAUUAAAUCACUGGUGCUAUAAAAUCAUCACACUGGUGCUAUAAAAACUAUUAGAGAUGCACAUAAAACUGUGGAACAUCUUCAAUUGUUUUUGUUUUUGGCAUACUGUACCAUAUUAAUCUCAUGCUUUGUUGAUAUGUUACUGUACUUGUGUUGAAAAGCAGCCAUUCUCAUGAUAAUCAACUCAUCAAUGGUGGCCACUGUGCACUGACAUCAGACAAAACUAAUCAAUAUCGAGCCAUGCUAGAUCAUGAGAUGUGUGAAGAAACAGGUGGUGAGUGACCUCAGUUCAUGUACUACUGCCACCUGGAUCUGUGCUUAGCAACCAAGCAGCAAGCUUAUAUAAAUAUAUUCCAGUGGCAACAAGUGCUUUAAAAAGGCAUCUCACAAACAGCCUCUACUACUGCUUUGUAAAACUGUCACUAUAAAGACUGAGAAAAAAAAAUAAACUUUUUUUUACUACA